GGUGGUUUGCUGUCUACGUUGUGAAUUGUCGGAAUGUCUGGUGACCAGGUUGAUGUUUCCAGCGGCAAGUUGCAGAAUCUCACGCUGAAUGAGGAAGUGGAGGAGAGCGUCUUCUUUCAGACCUACUCUCGCCUGGAGACGCACAUGGACCUGCUAAAGGACACAGCGCGCACCAUGGCCUAUCGCGAUGCCAUUGAACAGAACCGACAGCUCUUCGAAGGCAAGGUCGUUCUGGAUGUGGGCUGCGGGAUGGGGAUUCUCUCGCUCUUUGCGGCCAAGGCGGGGGCCAGCAAGGUGAUAGGAGUGGAGAACGCGGACAUUGCCGCAUUGGCCAGUCAGAUAGUGAAGGAUAAUGGAAAGGAGAACGUGGUGAAUGUUGUCCAGGGGCUGAUCGAGGAGGUUGAGCUGCCAGAUGGCAUUCAGCAGGUGGACAUAAUCGUGUCCGAGUGGAUGGGGAACGCCUUGUACAUGGAGGGCAUGCUGCACUCGGUGCUCUUCGCCCGCGACAAGUGGCUGCGCCCCGGAGGCCUGGUCCUGCCCAAUGUGGCCAAUCUGUGGAUAGCCGGUGCCUGUGAUCCGCAUCGGUCUCUCAACAAUGACUUCUGGAACAACGUGGAGGGCUUCGACAUGAGCAGCGUCAAGAUUCAGGUCUCCCAUGAGGCGGUCGUGGACUGUGUAGCCUCCCAGAAUGUGCUGACGAGCGACUAUCUCGUGCACACGACUCGCCUGGAGAGCGCACCAAACACACCGAUAAAGUUUCGCUCUAUGUUUGAACUGGAGGUCCUCCGCACCGGGAUAAUCCAUUCGAUGAUCUUGUACUUUGACGUGGCCUUCUUAGGGGGCCAGACGGAGACGCCCGUGACGCUUUCCACCUCGCCACAUGCGCCUUGGACGCACUGGGAGCAGACCGUCCUGCACCUGGACAAUCCCCUUUAUGUCCAGGCCAAAGAACGGAUCAUCGGCGGGUUCGGGAUGUUCCCCAGCUCGGAGAACAGUCGCUGCAUGAACUUCGAGCUGGGCAUCCGCUCCAAGGGAGCCAAGGGCCAGGCGUCGCAAUUCAAGUACUUUAACUCCUCUCAGAAGCUGUAGCUCAUGGGGAUCGGGGAUCGCAUCGGAUCGUGAGAUGACUCAAAUGCCAUCAACAGAUAUUCGCCUUAUUCGCGUCGACCAUUAAAUGCGCUGAACAGAAAUGAUAACUGCCAUAAAAUGGGUCGUUA